GUUGUGAAACGCCUCUCUCAUCUCUAGUCUUUGGUAUUGCUCUCUCUCUGUAUCCGAGCGAAUACUAACACAAAGCAAAUAGAGUCAAUUUUUGGUGAAUACACAAUGGGAACAAAGGGAGACUCUCCAAAGAAUAUUGUGAUUGGAUGGUUGAUGAAGCGGUCUAAGAAAGAGAAGAUCAUUUUGGGGGUUUUGCUUUUUGUUUGUGCUCUGGUGGCUCUGAAGUUCACUGUCAAUAACCCCUACUAUACCUUCAUCGGCUCACAGGGAAUCCAUUUUGUUGGGAUCAUUGUCCUUAUAUACAAGCUUUUUUCCCUCAAAACAUGCUCUGGUUUAUCACUUAAGACCCAAGAGCUCACAGCGUUAUUCCUAGCAACAAGAUUAAGUUUUAGCACGUUGAUGGAUGGUGAUAUCUACACCGUACUAGAUCUCAUAUCUCUCUUGUCAACGUUAGUUGUAAUAUGGGCGAUAAGAUUCAAGUUAAAGUCAUCCUAUGUCGAAGAGUUUGAUAGCAUAAAACGAUCAUUUGUGGUGGUACCCGUUGCAAUUCUUGCAGUCCUAAUCCACCCGGAUUCAGGUUAUUUUCCCGUAUCUCGAAUCUUGUGGGCAUUUAGUUUGUAUAUGGAAGCUGUUUCAGUUCUUCCUCAACUUCGUUUUAUGCAAAAUGCAAAGAUGGUUGAAACAUUUACAGGAUAUUAUGUAUUUGCACUUGGGGUUUCAAGAUUCUUACAAUUGGGUCAUUGGAUUAUUCAGAUAUACGAAACUCGAGGGGAAUAUUUUUUUCUUGUUGGGCAUGGUAACUACUGGUUAUUCGCAUCUUUUUUCUCGGAGAUGGUUCAAUCAUUUAUUUUGGCAGACUUUUGUUACUACUACAUGAAGAGCUUCAUUCAAGGUCAACUUUUAAGGAAGAUGCCUAUUUAAGGAUCUCAACUUUCUGGUGUACAACGUGCUAGUUAUGAGCUAAGCACAUAAUAACAAUGUUUGAGGCUAUUUAUUCUACUAUUUCCGGACCAUAUAUUAGCUCUUCCUCUUUUCUCAUUUGAACAAGGUUUAUUA